UUCGGUGUACAAGUUACGGCGGCGACGCGUGAACUAUACACAUACAUACAUAUAAAUAAUUAAUUCGGCUACGAAAGCAAUAAUAGAAUAUAAUUUAGCAACGAAUUUUGUAUACUCGGAAGUAUUCGGUUGAACCAAGUCUGAUUAAAAUACGCUACGUUUGUGUUGGUGCAGAGGUGAUUCCCCAAGUGACGACAAAAGCAGAAAGUAUUUGCUAAAUAUAUGCACAUAAAUGAGUACAUAUAAAUAAAAGCUAUGAGAUAAUAAUGAAACAUUAAAAGAAGAGACAAAUUUUUAGUUUUGUGAGACGUAUAAACAAACAUACAUAUAAAUAUUUGGAGCAAGUGACUGACACGCCAAUUAUUAGUGUGCGAAAAGUAAAUGGAAUAAAAAAUCACCUGUUAACAGGUAUUAAAACACGACUAAUAAUCGAAGCAGUUUGUGCUGAAUAAUUGCAAGUGACAUUAGCAAAGUGCUGAUUGAUUGUCAAUACAGCAAAGUGAGACAAUAGACAACAACAAAGUUCAGCAGUGAAAUUGAUUGCACACGAAGAGUUAAUGAAUACGAGCGGUGAUUUUUCGGCAUGCAAUGACAGUUACAGAUUUGAAAUAUAAAGUCAGCAUAUUAGAAAGUUAAAGUGCGAACUGAAGAUACAUGAGCAGAGAACUGUGAAGUGCGAGACAUUAAAAAUAGAAAUAAAUUCCUUAACAAAUAAUAUAAAACAUUGUUUAAAAUAAAAACUGAACAAAAUGGGUAUACCAGUAAACGAUCCAGAGAAUCCCGCAGGUUAUGAUUGCAACUAUGCAAACAGCAAAACUUCCAGUGCAUGCAAAUGCAGCUGCAGUUGUAGUAACAGGCAGAGCGCUAGUAAGAGCAACAGUAACAGUAGCAGUAACGAUAACAGUAGCAGUAGAGGUAAUUGCAAUAGCAGCAAUUCCAGCAGUUGCAAACAUACUGGCCGCACAAAUAAGUCAGGCGCCACUACACUCACACUCACAUUAGCCAACAACAGCAGUUGCGGUGCAGCGAACAAUUAUCAAUACAGCAAGACGGAAACAUUGGACGCACCCCUAACAGCGGCGUCGAUCACUCGUCAUACCAGAGACUUGGUUGGCAACUCAAAGGAAUAUCGUAUAGAGAGUAAUAAAAGUGAUUUGCGCAUUAUUGGCAAUGGCAAUCGGAUACGUAUCGGUUGCAAUCAGGGUAAUUUACAAAUUAUUGGCAAUAAUACAAGACUGAAAAUCACAAAUAACACCGGUUGCAUACGUUAUACGGGGAAUGAGGGACGCAUUUGCUUGGGUAGUGAUUCGACACAACAAAUAGUCGAUUACAUAGGCAACAAUGGCAAAUUGAAGGUGGUCAAAUCAGCGGAAUUAUUAAGUGAGAAAAUCAAAACUCACAAGCAAAAAAGUCCCAAAAAUGUAGAAGCAUCGGCAACUGCGAAUAUUACGUCGAAUGCGGGGAAGUGUGCGACGUCAGCAAAGGUCAACGUUGACGAGGCAACUGGAUCGGGAUCGGCUGCGUCUCCAUCCCACUCAACACCCAAGAAGGUGAAGGUGAAAUCCGCCUCUUUUGGCGGCGAUUAUAGCGCGCAAUGGCGGCAGUUCAAUGAGUUGUUCGAACAGCAAGGUUGGCGUAAUUUCGAUUUCGCAUCAAUGCCGAAUUUGAAGUGCGAACACGCUGUUGGUAAAGAGGCUGAACAAAGUAAUAAUAAUAGUAGGAGUAGUAAAGUUAAUACUAAAAGCUGUAAAAUUGAUAAUAAUAUUAAUAUAGUGAGUACUUAUGGUAAUAUUUGCAUAAAGAAUGCGGUCAAUGUUAGUAUGUGAGUGAAGAAAGAAUGAUUAAUAGCAGAGUAGCUAAUUCAUAAAUUGCUAAAUUUGCUAAAAAACCAAAUAUAACAGUAUGAAAAAUUAUAACAAGUAAGGCAGUAAUUUUCCUAAGAAAUUAUUAAAUUCAUAACAUAAAUAGAAAAGAUUAAUGUAUAUUUAAGUAGUAACAACGCUCUCUAUGACAAAUAUGAUCUAUGACAAACGUAAAUUUAAGUUAAAACAAGGAAUUGAGUCAUAAAUGAAUGUGUGUAGUUUAAAAAACUUUUGACUGUAUUUAUGCCAGCAAUACCUCUUGCCUUGUAUUUGUAAUAUUAGUGCAGAAAUAACUUUUUGUUGAAAAGGAAAAAAAAACAAUAAGAAAGGAAUGGAUAUUUUGGUUAUUUAUUCAGUUAAUUUUUUAAUUAAUAAUGAAAAUGCUUUAAUUAAUUUUGAAAUCAUCCUGACUAUUUAAGUUAAAGUUGCUGUAAUACUGAAUAACCUAACUGUGAGUUCUUUUUAACUGUCUUUUAUGUUGUAGGCUUUAUAGCACCUAAAAAAAAAAACUAAAAAAUAUGUCCAUGACAAAUAUUGUAUUUAUUUAUAUUUUGUACAUUUAGUAAAGAUUUUAAUAUAUUUUAACAAGUGCACUGAAGACCUAUGUAUAAACUUUAACUUUAAGUCAGCGAAUUGUUCCUAAAAAUCUUAGUCAACAUGCAGAAAGAACAACAACAAAAUAAGCACAAUUAAUUUUAACAAAAUACGCUUAAACGUAAAGUAUUAUGGCAAUAAGAAUAUCCGUAGUAUUUACACUUGAAAUGCAUCAGACUAAAAAUCUAGCGCAAGUAUUUAUAAUGUAGUGAAAAUUAUGUAAGCUACAUGUAAACAAAAAUAUUAUGUCAUUCCAUGAAUGAUAUGUAAUAAAACUACAUUUCAAUUAAAA